UUUGACACAACACGCGCUCACGCCAUCACCAACCAGUACAGAAAGCCACAUGGCGAAACGUUUCAAGCAGUUGGGGACCACUGGGGAUGUGUAGCUUGCACGAGGAAUAGCUCUGGUGCACCGGGCCCAGACGGGCCAAGGAGCCCCAAGGAGUGAGCGGGCGGUUGGCACGGCCUGCAUGGCCUGGCGGUCAGACAGCGCUUUUCCAUAAGAGACAAACUCGCUAUCUUUCACUUAUAUUACCUUUGACCAAGCAAAGUACUACACGGACAACAUGCAAGCACUUCUCGUCCCGGCGAGGCCACUUUGCCAUUCGCGUGCAAGCACCGUUUUGCUCAGCCUCCGGCUGUUGGCGACUGGCAGUCCAACGACUCUGCCGGAAAUAAGCAGCGACGAACUCCUGAAAAAGCUGGAUGGCAAGGAAUCGGUGCUCGUGCUUGACGUGCGGUCGGCCGAGGAACUUCCCGCAGGCGUCAUCAAGGGCUCAUUGAACCUGCCCACUCCCCUCUUCAAGCAGCCCGACACUGGUCCUGUUGACACAGCCAUUCAAGAGCGGAUUCGGCACUACAAAGAGGUGGUGGUGCACUGCCUGCUGUGCGCCCCCGGCAAGCGUGGCCCUACGGCUGCUGCGGCGCUGCAGGCUCGGCUGGAGGCGUUAGGCGUUGCGCCGCUGCCGCGGGUCAGCGUUCUGACGGGCGGGGUAGACGCGUUCAUGAAGCUGCACGGUGGGCGGAGUGACGUUGUGACGCUGCCGCCGGGAGGCUGGAAGCCGCCAGCGCACUAAGGCCGUGCACAACACGAGAACACUUGGGCUGGGGCGUGAGUGCCGUGGAUUGCAGGAGCCAGCCGAAGGGUGUGCGUGUGUGUGUGGAGGUGUGUGUGGAGGUGUGUGUGGAGGUGUGUGUGGAGGUGUGUGUGGGGGUGUGUGUGGAGGUGUGUGUGGAGGUGUGUGUGGAGGUGUGUGUGGAGGUGUGUGUGGGGGUGUGUGGGGGUGUGAGUGUGUGCGUGCGUUUGUGUCGGGGUGUGUGUCUCUGGGGGUGUAAAUACCAGCCCGAACUAAACCAAAACAAGCCAAACUAGCGGAGCACAGGCAAGGGGGGGACCAGGGUCGCCCGGCCACGCGCACCAGCAGGUUGGCCCGUGCAUUGUGCGUGGCCGGAGCGUGCGAGUGUUGUUACAGCUGUGGCCCUGGAGUGUGGGUCCGGAGAGGGACAGCGGUGUCGGCUUUCUUUUGGGGCUGAAAGUGGUACGGUACUCAUCGGGCUGCACUCACGCAAGCAAGCUUUGCACGCACGCGCUCACACUGCAGACGUACACAAUGACUUGGUGCGCUUCCGUCAAGGUUGCUGCAACUUUGAGAGGGGGAUAGGCGCAGGGGCCGCACACGGGAGGUACGUGUGUGCCGUGUCUGUGGUGUUGUGCCUGGAGCCGUAGAUGUUGAGAUGCAAGGCUUCAUGGAACGCCCCGCAUACACGGACACUUGGUCAGUCCAUGGUAACGAAUGACACCGAGCUAUUAGGGCAUUGUAUGUGUGCCAUGGAGGAGGAUACGUGUCUGCUUUGGGAGCUGAGAGACCCAAGAGACAUAACUGUGACAAGUUGGCAGGGCGCUGUAACUGGAAGUUGUAACCGGCUGCCUUC